AUGACGUCCUGUAUCCGCUGUGUUCCAAUAUUCCUGCCAGUGAAUGUUCAUAUCCACAACUUCAUUUCCUUCCACCCCUACAUGGGCAGGAACCCAAAGGAAGGAGACAGCCAUUCCCUUAUUAUGAAGUGUGAGAAGCAAGUGGAGACCCAGGCGGAGAUGGGCCACACAUGUCGGGGCACCAUAAACCUGGCCACAGCCAAUAUCGCGGUGGAGGACUCAUGCAAUUUCGUCAUCUCUAAUGGCGGCACGCAGACGUAUCACCUGAAGGCCAGCUCAGAGGUGGAGCGGCAGCGGUGGAUCACAGCACUGGAGCUAGCCAAAGCCAAAGCUUUCCGCAUGCAGGCUGAGUCGGAUGAUUCCGGGGACGACUCCACUCCUCCUGCGGCAGGUCAGGGCGCAGGCUCACGCAACUCAGAGGUGCAGUCCACCCUCCGGACGCUGGGCAGCAAGGUGGAGGAUCUCAGCACCUGCAACGAUCUCAUCGCCAAACACGGCUCUGCUCUUCAGCGGUCCUUGUCUGAGCUGGAGGGAGUUCGGCUGGGAGGAGAGACGAGUGAAAAGAUUCGGCAGGUGACGGAGCGAGCCACCCUCUUCCGCAUCACCUCCAACGCCAUGAUCAACGCCUGCCGGGACUUCCUGGCGUUGGCUCAGGCUCACAGUAAGCGCUGGCAGAAAGCGCUGCAGGCCGAGAGAGAGCAGAGAGUGCGACUGGAGGAGACACUGGAGCAGCUCGCCAAACAACACAACCAUCUGGAGAGAGCCUUCAGAGGAGCGACCGUACUGCCUCCAUCCCAGAGCAACCCUGCCAUAGACAGCAAAGGCCCAGUUCCAGGAAAGGGCGACGUCAGUGACGAGGACGAGGAGAAUGAAUUCUUUGACGCAUGCGAGGACGUUCAAGAGUUUAUCACUGUACCAGCAGACCCCAAAUAUCACAGGAGAUCCGGCAGCAAUGUCAGUGGAAUCAGUAGCGAGCUGGGAAUGGAUGACGGGACGACGUCGCUAGACGAGCAGUCUCUGGCGUCCAAUCCCGAAUCUCCACAGUCCCAGGAAGUAGUGCCUGUGAGAAAGAGGCGGAGCCGAAUCCCAGAUAAACCAAAUUACUCUCUCAAUCUAUGGAGCAUCAUGAAGAACUGUAUCGGAAAAGAGCUCUCCAAAAUCCCUAUGCCUGUGAACUUCAACGAGCCCCUGUCUAUGCUGCAGCGUCUCUCCGAGGAUCUGGAGUACUACGAGCUGCUGGACCGGGGCGCCAAGUGCCAGAGCUCUCUGGAGCAGAUGUGCUACGUGGCAGCUUUCACCGUGUCCUCUUACUCCACUACAGUUCACCGCACGGGCAAACCCUUCAACCCUCUGCUGGGAGAGACAUUUGAGCUGGACCGCGUGCAGGAGAGCGGCUACAGGUCCCUCUGUGAGCAGGUAAGCCAUCACCCUCCGGCUGCGGCCCAUCAUGCGAUCUCCGAGCGAGGCUGGACCCUGAGACAGGAGAUCGCCCUGGCCAGCAAGUUCAGGGGAAAAUAUCUCUCCAUCAUGCCCCUGGGUUCUAUUCAUUGUAUCUUUGAGAAGAGUAACAAUCACUACACCUGGAAGAAAGUCACAACCACAGUGCACAAUAUUAUUGUCGGGAAACUCUGGAUCGAUCAGUCAGGAGAAAUAGACGUUGUGAACCACAGGACAGGCGACCGCUGUCAUCUCAAAUUCGCCCCGUACAGCUACUUCUCCCGAGAUGUGGCCAGAAAGGUCACGGGGGUAGUGACGGAUAAAGACGGGAAAGCGCACUAUGUUCUGUCUGGGACGUGGGACGAAAAGAUGGAGUGCUCUCGUGUGAUGCAGAGCAGCAGAGGGGGAGAGAACGGCGCCGACGGGCGACAGAAAACCGUCUAUCAGACGCUCAAAGCCAAAGAGCUGUGGAGGAAGACUCCGCUGCCACCCUCACUGUCUCAUUAUCUGCUCUGUGUCACUCUAGUGGAGGGUCCUUAUGGAGCUCCGGUCAAAAGUGGUCACCAUGACAGCUACAAGUCCAUGUGGUUCGAGCAGCAGGUCGACCCGAUGACAGAAGAGCCCACGCACAUCUACAGAGGAGGAUACUGGGAGGCUAAGGAGCAGGGCAACUGGGACUCCUGCCCGGAUAUCUUCUGAUCCCAAUCACGCACAUGCCCCACGAUGCCCUCACUGUCCCGUUUCCCGGAAGAUAACAAACAAACGAAAGCUCAGUCAGCUGCCCCUUCUCUUUUCCCGUAUCGUAGUAUAUCGAGAUGCGCGUUCUUCUCUUUCGCCAGCCGUGCUCUACUCAGUGGACAGUAAGGGACACCGAAAUGGUCCGGGAGCGCUCUCCCACCACCAUCCACUGUGUGUCUCUCUGUUCUCCUCACGGGAUUAUUAAAACAUAGGGUUCACGAUUCAGUAAACGCUAGCGUUAGGAAAACAUAUUCAACACGCUCCACAUGUCUUCCUCAAGCUGUGGAUGUCACAUCCUUAAACAUCCGGGGGACAUGAAGGCCUGUUUGCUCAUGCAAGCGUGUGUGUGUGUGUGAGAGAGAGAAUUAGCACAGGUGUGAAUGAGUUCAGAGAAGCGCUGUAGUGCUCUUUCUUUUCAUUGAGCAUAUUUGUGUGAGAGAUGAAGUUUAAGAGCUCGCCUUGGUUUGUGGAUUUUAAAGGAAUGGUGUGCACAAAUAUGAAAGAUCUGUCAUUACUUACUCGCCACCUUAUUUCUUUUGCAAAACAAGCUUUUUUUCCAGUAAUGUUAGUGCACAACAUGU